AUGUGGCACUUAGUUGUUCCUAUUUCUCUGGAAGAUAAGAAACUAGCAAUUACUGUCUUCAGUUUCCCACCAGACAAAAGAAAUGUAGGAACUGCUGCGUACCUAAACGUCUUCUCCUCCAUUUUCUCUGUUCUUAAAGAACUCCAAGGUGAUGGUUACAAUGUUGAGGGUCUUCCAGAGACUUCAGAAGCAUUGAUCGAAGAUAUAUUGCAUGACAAAGAAGCGCAGUUCAGCAGCCCAAAUCUCAACGUUGCUUACAAAAUGAACGUUCGUGAAUACCAAGCUCUCACUCCUUACUCAACAGCAUUAGAAGAAAAUUGGGGAAAGCCUCCCGGGAAUCUGAAUGCAGAUGGAGAGAAUCUAUUGGUAUACGGGAAACAAUACGGUAAUGUAUUCAUCGGUGUUCAACCUACAUUUGGUUAUGAAGGCGAUCCUAUGCGGUUGCUUUUCUCCAAAUCUGCUAGCCCUCAUCAUGGUUUUGCAGCAUAUUACUCUUUCGUUGAGAAAAUUUUCAAAGCCGAUGUUGUUCUUCAUUUCGGCACACACGGUUCCCUUGAAUUCAUGCCUGGAAAGCAGGUAGGGAUGAGUGAUGUAUGUUACCCUGACAGUCUGAUCGGGAAUAUUCCAAACGUCUAUUACUAUGCUGCAAACAACCCUUCCGAGGCUACCAUAGCCAAACGCAGGAGCUACGCAAAUACCAUAAGCUAUCUGACUCCUCCAGCCGAAAAUGCAGGACUAUACAAGGGUCUUAAGCAGUUAAGUGAACUCAUCUCGUCAUAUCAGUCCCUCAAGGACACUGGCCGCGGUCAACAAAUUGUGAGUUCAAUUAUUAGCACGGCCAAACAAUGCAAUCUCGACAAGGAUGUGGAUUUGCCAGAGGAGGGUGUUGAGCUUCCAACUAAAGAUCGUGAUCUUGUUGUUGGGAAGGUGUAUAAUAAGAUCAUGGAGAUUGAGUCCCGCCUGUUGCCUUGUGGACUCCAUGUCAUUGGUGAGCCACCCACAGCCAUGGAAGCAGUUGCUACAUUGGUGAACAUAGCUGCACUUGAUCGUGUGGAAGAAGGUAUUUCCUCCCUCCCUUCUAUACUAGCUGAGAGUGUAGGAAGAAACAUAGAGGAAAUUUAUAGAAGCAGUGACAAAGGAGUAUUAAAGGAUGUAGAGCUUCUUCGCCAAAUAACCGAAGCAUCACGCGGAGCAAUUACUUCCUUUGUGGAGAGAACUACUAAUAGCAAGGGUCAAGUUGUUGAUGUAUCUAAUAAACUUACCUCCAUCCUUGGAUUCGGCAUAAACGAACCAUGGAUUCAGUACUUGUCGGACACCAAAUUUUACCGAGGUGAUAAAGAAAAGCUCAGAGUUUUGUUUGAGUACCUGGGAGAAUGUUUGAGGUUAAUUGUAGCUGAUAAUGAAGUGGGAAGUUUAAAACAAGCCUUGGAAGGUAAGUUUGUAGAGCCAGGACCUGGAGGUGACCCAAUCAGAAACCCUAAAGUUUUACCAACAGGGAAGAAUAUUCAUGCCCUUGAUCCACAAUCUAUUCCUACUACAGCAGCAAUGGAGAGUGCCAAAAUAGUGGUAGAGAGAUUGCUUGAGAGGCAAAAAAUUGAUAAUGGAGGAAAGUAUCCCGAGACAGUUGCACUUGUACUGUGGGGAACAGAUAACAUUAAGACAUAUGGGGAAUCACUUGCCCAGGUUCUGUGGAUGAUUGGUGUGAAUCCGAUAGCCGAUAACCUUGGAAGGGUCAACCGUGUAGAACCUGUAAGCCUUGAAGAGCUCGGAAGACCUAGGGUUGACGUCGUCGUUAAUUGCUCUGGAGUAUUCAGAGACCUUUUCAUCAACCAGAUGAAUCUUCUGGAUAGAGCAGUGAAGAUGGUUGCCGAAUUAGACGAACCAGCAGAACUGAACUAUGUAAGGAAGCAUGCAAUUGAACAAGCUGAAACCCUAGGGAUUGAAGUUCGAGAAGCCGCAACAAGGAUCUUCUCCAAUGCGUCAGGAUCUUACUCCUCAAACAUAAACUUGGCUGUGGAAAAUUCUUCAUGGAAUGAUGAGAAGCAGCUCCAAGACAUGUACCUUAGCAGAAAGUCUUUUGCUUUUGAUUCUGAUGCUCCUGGUGCAGGCAUGAGUGAAAAAAGACAAGUCUUUGAGAUGGCUCUCAGCACAGCAGAUGCCACAUUCCAAAACCUCGACUCGUCAGAAAUCUCUCUCACUGAUGUCAGUCAUUACUUUGACUCAGACCCAACUAACCUUGUUCAAAAUUUAAGGAAAGAUGGGAAGAAGCCAAGUGCAUAUAUUGCUGAUACCACCACUGCUAAUGCCCAGGUACGCACCCUUUCGGAGACAGUUCGACUUGAUGCAAGAACCAAGCUGUUGAACCCUAAGUGGUAUGAAGGCAUGCUAUCUAGUGGUUAUGAGGGUGUUCGCGAGAUCGAGAAGAGGCUUACAAACACAGUUGGAUGGAGUGCAACUUCUGGACAAGUUGACAACUGGGUGUAUGAAGAAGCUAACACAACAUUUAUCCAAGAUGAGGACAUGUUGAAGAAGUUGAUGAGCACAAAUCCUAACUCCUUUAGGAAGCUGGUGCAGACAUUCUUGGAAGCCAAUGGACGCGGAUAUUGGGAAACUGAAGAAGAAAACAUUGAGAAGCUGAGACAGUUGUACCAAGAAGUGGAAGAUAAAAUUGAAGGCAUCGAUCGUUGAAGUAUGCAUUCAUAAGUCAGAUGAAUAUAUAGAGAAUUUAACUGUACCUUCACUAUAUCUGAAACUUGGUUACCACCUUGAAUUGAUAGUUGAAGUAUGGCAUCAUUGUUAAUGUAAUUUGUAUCUCCUUUCCUCUUUUUCCCUGUUGUAAUUUUUGUUGACUUUCAGGGAUUAUGUUCCUUUGUGCAGUUGCAAAUGUCAAACAAAUUAGCGAAUAUAUCUUCCAAUUUUAAAUAUAAA